GAAGAAAAGCAGACGAAAAUGCAUCAUAAAAAAGUUCUUGGUGGGUCGGAUGCAGAGAUAAAUGAGGGCAGUGGAGAUGUGAGGCGAGGGGAAUUACGUCCCGAUGACGGGGUCCAGCAGGGGAGAACUGUACCGUCGGAACUGCAGACGCCCAAACAGCAACAAACGGAGAUUUUCCAGCGAGUUGCGGGUUUGGGCAUCGGCAUCGCUACCCUCCUGACAGAGAAUGUUCUAUCUCAUCCUUUCAUCGUCUUCAGAAGACAGUGUCAGGUGAACUACCAUGCCUAUAGAUAUCACGUGCAGCCCUUUUCUGUCGUGCAAGUUAUCAUUAAUCUACAGAGAAAUCAGGGUGUGGCCACAAUGUGGAAAGGUUUAGGGAGUGCAUUUGUGGUUCAAGGCAUCGGACUAGGCAGCGAGACCAUCAUCAGCGAAGUUACACCUCUGGCAAAAGAGAUCCAUGUUUACAGCACCAUAAAGCAGCUAUUUGGCCAUUUAGCUCUGAAGGCAAUCAGUGCAACCAUCAGUCUGCCGUUCUUCUCUGCUAGUCUUGUUGAGGAAGUUCAGAGCGAUAUAGCCAGUGAGAGACCAGGCGUCUUCGAUUGCAUCAAGGAAGGUUUCUGUCGCCUCGUCGGCUGGGGUAUCCCUCAAACCACCAACCUCCUCCCCAUCUACACCCUCCUCCUUCCCUCAGUCCUCCACUCGCUCCUCAAGUACAUCAUCUCCUCCAUCAUCCAAUUUGUCAUACUACAAGUCAUGCAACGCGCCCAAGAGCUCCGCCUGAAGGACCCGUCCGGAGCCCCGCCCGUUCAGAGGAGCGUCAUGGAGGCUUACUUCCCGGAGCUGCUUGCCAAAUUUGCCGGGAAUUUCAUGACGGAUGUGAUACUGUACCCACUAGAGACAGUCAACCUGAGGUUGCAUUUACAAGGCACCAGGACGAUCAUCGAUAACACGGACAAUGGUUACGGUGUGAUACCGAUCAGCACGCGAUACGAAGGAAUGUUUGAAUGCUUUGCGGCCAUCAUCGCAGAUGAAGGCAAGGCGGGACUAUACAAAGGGUUUGGCGCCCUCUUACUACAGUAUGCACUCCACGCGACAAUCUUGAAGAUGAUACAGGUUAUAUACACGAAAUUGGCGGAGGAUUUUAGCAUUGGAUUGAAAAGGCCAUCUCCACAAUGACAGUGAAGUGCAUUAUAGUACAACCCCAUAACACGGGCUCAAUAAACUAUUUGCCGGUUAGACCUGAAUAAUGUCUGGUACAAUGACUCGCGUAGUUACAAUGCACCGCUUAUAUUUGAAUUCCU